AUGAAUUUCUUCCUGGAAACAUUAAAAUUCAUUCUACUUUUUGUUUAUUACUUACUGGAGUCACUGGUGUUCUUGGUUGUUCCUCGACGGAAGAAGAAUGUUCGUGGUGAAAUCGUAUUAAUAACAGGAGCGGGAAGUGGCAUUGGAAGACUCUUAGCAAUAAAGUUUGCUGCCCUUGGAGCCACCGUGGUCCUCUGGGAUAUUAAUCAAGAGGCACUCAACUGUGCAGUUAGAGUGGCCAGGGAAAAUGGAGCAGGAAGAGUACACUCUUAUGUCUGUGACUGCAGCAGAAGACAGGAUGUCUACAGAGUGGCUGACCAGGUUAAAAAAGAAGUUGGAGAUGUCAGCAUCCUAAUCAACAAUGCUGGUGUUGUGAUUGGGAAGAGGUUUCUUGAUUCUCCAGAUUCACUUGUAGAUAAAACCAUGGAAGUGAACACAAUGGCACACUUCUGGACUUACAAAGCCUUUGUCCCAGCAAUGAUUGCCGCUAACCGUGGACACUUGGUUAGCAUAGCAAGCUGUGCAGGACUGUGUGGAGGCAGUCAGAUUUCAGAUUACUGUGCAAGUAAAUUUGCAGCAAUUGGUUUUGCAGAGUCAAUUGAUAUGGAGAUGAGAACUCUGAGAAAGACUGGUGUUAAAACCACAAUUGUGUGUCCUUUCGUUAUAAACACCGGAAUGUUUGAUGGUGUUGAAUCCAAAUGGCCACGCAUACUUCCUAUUCUGGAUCCAGAGUAUGUGGCUGAGAGGAUAAUCAGUGCUGUUCGACAGAACCAAGAAAUGUUGUUCAUACCACGCAUCAUUUAUGUUUUAUAUUUUUUGAAAAGCUUCCUACCAGUGAAAGCAACUGUUCUCAUUUUAGACUACUUUGGAAUCCUUGAUAUCAUGAGUACCUUCAAAGGUCGACCAAAGAAGGAGUGA